AAUCAGAAGAGCAAUGAGCAGAAUAAAAGUAUCAAAAUCACCAUCUUCACCAGAAAAAAUCGAAGAGAACGAGGAUUUGUUGACUGAAAUCCUCCUGCACCUUGGCGCCAAAACGUUAAUCAGAUUCAAAUGCGUCUCCAAACGAUGGUCCACAAUCAUCUCCUCCCCUUAUUUCUGCCAUCGCCAUGUCUUCCGCCACGCCAACAUCACCAAGGUCUCUAGCAUUUUCUUGGAAUCCGGAGAAGACGAUGAUAACAAAAACCGUUACUUCAAUAACCAUAACGAUAUCAAGCCGUUAUCCUUAGAGAACGGAAGUCACGGCUCAUCAUCUCCCUUCGACUCCAUCGAAAUCCACCCGAAGGACCUUGCCUACAUUGUGCAAUCAUGCAAUGGCCUCUUGCUUUGCAGAAUAUUACACCACCACAAAAAUCGAGCAUUCUUACCAAUAGAAUCGUUCUUUGUCUGUAACCCGACCACUGAAUGCUUCAACUUCCUCCCCGACCCCUACAAGGCUCUUGACGCCGAUAGCCACGAAUCAUCGCCAUGGUUGUAUAUGAACUUCGCUUUUGAUCCCUCAACUUCGUCGUCUGACUACGUUGCUAUCUGCGUAUGGAAAUUUAAAGCAGUUAAAAAUUCAAGCCGCUCGCGCUUUGAAACAAUGGUAUACUCUUCGACUGAUGAAGCCGAGCCUGGUUCUUGGAGGCCGUGUGGGUCCCCUCUCAUGGCUCCAGCCAAGUUCGAACUUCAUAACGGAGUUUACUUCAACGGUUCAGUGCACUGGAUUGGCUUCGUUGAUCCGGAUUCGUAUGCGAAGAUGUCUGUGAGUUUGCGUUUUGACUUUAAAGAACUGCGGUUGAGGGAUGACAACAUGCCUCCCUUGCCGGAUCUUGAUUACUUUUACAUUCCUGCAGCUGCAUGUGGCCACUUGAAUUUGGUUGGAUUUAGUUCUCCUGAGAGAAGCAACAUGAUAAGAGUGUAUAAGAUGGCUAUGGACUAUUCUAAGUGGGUUCUUCUGCACACACUUGAUCUUUCUCCAAUGUAUUGGCCGAAUGAUUUCAUUGCCAGCGUCAAAGUGCUUCACCUUAUUCAAGAUAGUGAAGAUGAUUGCAGCGGCAUGUCUUUGGUGUUGGUUGUAAACUAUAAUGUUGUUGUUUUCCGGUUAAAAGACUACACCUUUAAACGGAUUUAUUCUCGCUACGUGCCCUGGAACGAAACAGCUGAAAGUCCUCCUAUAUCAUUUGAGCAUAUUGAGAGCUUGGUACAACUUUAG